GCGCCAGUGGUGCAGCUUCCAGAGGGCUCAGCAGUGCAGGAUCCUGUGCCCUGCUCUCCCUCCAGCCUGAGAGCACCAACAUGGGACAGAGCUUCUGGCAGCAGCUGCAUCUGACCCUCGCUCUUCUACUCCUGAGCCUGGGGUCCACUGUGACUGCAGAUACCCCCCUGAGCUGCUAUGGGACUCCAGGCCUGCCAGGCAUGCCAGGUGUGCCAGGCAGGGAUGGCAGAGACGGCUGGAAGGGAGCCAAAGGCGAGCCAGGCAUCCCAGCUACUUCUGCAACACGAGGGCCCAAGGGCAUGAAAGGGGAGCCAGGUAUCCCUGGCUUGCCAGGCAAGACUGGCCCCAUGGGUCCCCCUGGUCUUCCUGGAGGGCCUGGGCCCAUGGGCAUGGCUGGGGAGCCGGGUCUGCCAGGCAGCUACAAGCAGAAGCACCAGGCAGCAUUCUCAGUGACCAGGCAGACCAGUGAGCACCCCCUGAGGAACGUCCCCAUCGUGUUCAACCACGUCAUCACCAACACCAACGACGACUACAGCACCAGCACGGGCAAGUUCACCUGCAGGCUGCCCGGCCUCUACUACUUCGUGUUCCACUCCUCCCAGACAGCCAACCUCUGUGUCAUCCUCUACAAGAAUGGCAGCAAGAUGGCCAGCUUCUGUGACCACAAGACCAACAGCAUGCAGGUCAGCUCUGGGGGGGUUCUCCUCCACGUGGAUGCUGGGGAUGAGGUGUGGCUGGAAGCAAAUGAGUACAACGGUAUGGUGGGCAUCAGUGACUCUGACAGCAUCUUCUCGGGGUUCCUGCUCUUCCCGGACUAGAGGAGCACCAGAGCCUUCCCCAGCCUCACCACUGCUGCUGCUGCUCCAGGUUGCUCUGCCUGGGUGUCUGGAGUCAGCCCCAGCUGCCAGACAUGACCCCUGCCCCAAGGGGAAGAGGCACAAUUGGAUGCAUCUGCACCCAGUGUGACAGUGCCAAGCACUGGGCACAGCCACCCUGAUAACCCCACGUCGCAUUCUGCUGCAAGAACCAAGGGAUGUCCCUGUGUCUCUCCCUUCCCAGACAGGUUGCACCAGGGGCAGCCUGGAGCAGGAUGGCAGCAGCACCAUGUCACACCCAAUGAAGGUGUCAAUAAAACCCUCCCCAGCA